AUGGUUGCGCUGCCAUUGUUUAAAUUAGCAUCCUUGUUCUUAAGGCAUAUUUCCAAAUAUGGCGCUAAUCAAAUAAAGGUGCAAGCUCAUGACCAUCCGCGCUUCCGCCGUCUCGCUGCCAAGUAUGGCCAAUUCAUUCACCAGUUGAACAUGCGUCUAUCCGUAGCAUCCCUAAGAAACGUCGAGGCGGAAAUAAGAGCAAAGGAGAAGGCCGAAGCGCCGACAGUAAAAACGAAGGAGCAAAUAGCCAAGGAAGAGGAAAUUCGUGCUAGGCACGGCACGACAAACCAAGAGACCCGUACCCAAAAGUCCUUGCCUAUAAUAAGCGUCUGGAGAAGGAAAUUUAGGCCUCUCCCAGAAGCUAAGGCGGUCGACCUAUUUGCGGACGUGGUUGGCGAUACCUUCAUCCUUUUCGUGGCCACGAUUUUGAUAUUAUAUGAAUACCAUAGGUCCUCUCAAAAGCCGGAUCCCAACAUGGAGAAGCUCAAGGAGCUCAAUGCCCGCUUUGACGAGCUUGAUAGGAGAGAAAAGGAGCUCGAGGAGGCUGAGAGGCGUCAACAGAGUCGAGUAUUGAUACUCGAGGAGGCUUUAAGGGGAGUCAAAGACCCAAAAACCCAGAAGCCACUCUUGCCUCCGGCGCCUACGGCAUUGCCUCUCGCUUAA